GAAACGCUUAUUAUUUCGCGCCAUUUAGAAGCCAUUUUUGAAAAGAAAUUUGGGCACUAAAAUGAAGAGCAGGCUUAGUGAAAAUUCAAUGCAGUUAUUGCUAAUUUUUGCUGUUGUGCCCUGUUUGGUUGCAGCAAAUACUAUAAUAUGUCCAGAUUUAUCCACAUGUCCUGAAGGGAAAACCUGCUGUGGGAAGUCAAACGACGCAUACGAAUGCUGUGACAUAGGAGAAGAUGAGAAAAACAUUUUCCCCGGAAUACCAAUUCCAAAUCAUGGCAUGAACAAAACAGUAUCAAGAAAGGGGCAGCAACACUUCGAUGUCUGCGCAUUCUGCUCUGGUACUUGCUGCUACGAUGAUUGUUGCGAGUAUACCCGAGCAACCUGUUGCUCUGAUGCAGUAAGCUGCUGUCCAAAUGGCCAGCAAUGCUGUAGACGAUUUGGGAGCGCUGAAAGCGAGUGGUGUUGCCCCAAACGUGGAUCCUGUGCGUCAAUUUAUGGAUACUGCUAUGGAGGAGCAGGUGCACUGAUACCAGCAAUAUCUAGCAUAGGGGCCUUGAUUUUCUUGCUAGUUCUUCGAGAAAACUCAUUAGUAUAGAUGUAAGAUGAGGCCUGAAAAGAAUCAAAUGUGUUGGAAACGCAUAUUUUUUUUAAAAAUCAUAA